UACAACACGCUGUUGUAUCGCCGUACCCUCUCAGUGAUGCCGGCUGCUGGCGUACACUUCACUCCCCUGCUUUGCAUGUGUAAUGCGACUGCACUUAAUGACUGAGAUGGAAGAGAUUUCACCUGAUCUAAGGAAAAAGCCCAAAGACGUAAAGGAAUAUGCUGAGAAGACAAGACAGCUAAAAUUAAAUGCAUAUCAAAGCGACGCAUGGCAAAAAGCUGUCUUCGAAGGGAGAGAUAGCAGAGAAUCUGAAUUUAAAGCCGCAAAAGAGCCUCAGGAAGAAAUUAAAAGUGAGAAAGAACCAGAAACUAAAGAAGAGGACCAUUUGAUGGAAGAAAAGAAAAAGAAAAAGCAAGAAGACAAGAAAAAGAAGGAAGCUGCUCAGAAAAAGGUUGCUGAACAGAAAACCAAAGUGCCAGAAUCUACCAAGACCAAUCAAAACCAGCCACAGCCUGCCAAUUCCAGCAACAGCCUUUCCACCACCACUAUUACCAACAGCAGUGGAAGCAAUGGCAAGCGAGCUUCUGUUAAUAGUCAACAACAGGCUUUGUCCCGUUACCCGCCUCGUGAGGUGCCACCUCGCUUCCGGCAUCAAGAACAGAAGCAGCUGUUGAAAAGGGGUCAGCCACUGCCACCUGGGACUGCCAUCAGCAAUAGUUUAGGACAAGUGGUAGCAAAUUCUUCUCAGCACAACGUACAGCAAGCAGCUAGUGGGCAGCAGCAACAUCUAAGCAAAGGACAAACUGAUCACAGCUACAGUGGUCUGGGACCUCAUUAUGAAAAUUCCCAAUGGGGACAGUCCCCCUUCAGAAGUGAACCAAACAGCAUCUGGGAUAAAGUGAUAAUAGACGGGAGUGACAAAGAAGCUUGGCCUUCUAUUUCUGGAACCGAGACUGAAACUGCCUCAGAAUGCACAGACACUGACUCUGCCUCUAACUGUGGCUCAGAGAAUAGUAGCAUGGCUACAGGGAGUGCACCAGGCAACUUCAAUGGACAAAACAAAAAUUGCAAUAAUGAUGGUAAUGGAGCACUUGUCCAAAGCAGUUCAAACCAGAGUGCCAUUGGAGGUGGAGCAAAUGGUGGAAAUGGAAAUUCAUCCAGGGUGUGGGGUGUUGCCCCAGGCUCUGCCCCUGGUAUAGGUCACUGCUCUGCUACCAUUGGAAGUGGAAAGAUGGAUAGUAUCAUUAGUGUAAAUCCAAACUGCUGGGGCACUUCUACAUCUACUGCUAGCAUUAACCUCAAUCUUAAUCCCAAUGCCAAUCCAUCUGCCUGGCCUGUUGUUGGGCAUGAAAUUCAAGGAACUGUAGGAGGAGGAAUCACUUCCAGUGUUUGCAGUCCAAAUAUUCCCAUUGGUCAAAAUCUUGGAAACCCAAAUAGUAACCCUAAUAAUGGUCCAACAGGUAGCCUGAAUACCUGGGGAACUUUGCUGCAGCAGGAGAACACAGAUACACAAACGCCCACUUCACAGAAUGUGUCUUUCAGCGUACAACCUCAGAACCUUAACACUGAUGGACCAAAUAACACUAACCCCAUAAACUCUUCACCAAACCCUCUCAAUGCAAUGCAGGCGAAUGGACUGCCAAAUGUAGCUGUACAAGGAGGCUGGGCAAUGACUGUAGGCAUGGGUGCAAUAAACCCAUCCCAUUUGCAAAACCUUCCUAUUGCUAAUGGGGCAUCUGCAGUUUCUCAACUCAAUGGAGGCAGUGGUGAAGGGAUAAACAAUCCUUCAUGCAACUCAGUGUGGGGACUACCACACUCUAAUCCUACAACCACCAAUGGUAACUCGGGGUUCAGUCAGGGGAAUGGAGACACUGUGAAUUCCGUAUUAAGUUUAAGUGCUAAACAGGCAUUAGCAAGUAAUUCCAACAGUGCUGUACAAAAGGAUGUUGGAAACAGUGCUUGGGACUCUGGUCCUCCUACCAGUCCUGGGGUAGUGUCAUGGACAAGACCUGGUACCGUUGGGGGAUUGCACUCUGGUCCCAAUAGCAUUGGAGCUUGGGGUAGCCCAUCAUCGAGCAGGAACACUAGUAAUGGUGUAAAUGGGGAAUGGGGCAAGCCUCUUAACCAGCAUUCCAAUAAUGAAGCGAAUGGCAAUGGGAAAGGAUCAUCAUCUGGAUGGGAUGGCCUUUGUAUUACCAACCAAACUCCUGUUAUGCAGCAAGGUAAUGAACAAAUUAAUUCUUGGGCCAAACCUUCUGCUUCAGGUACCACUGCUAGUGAAGGAAGUACUGAGAGUGGUGGUAGCAACCAUGAUGGAAGUACUGGAAGAGGUAGUGGAGGAGGUCAAGGUGGUGGCCGACAAAGGAUGGAUAAAGGGAUGAAUGAUCAACAAGGGCUGCUCAAGAAUGUUGUCCCAAGGCCAGAUCUGGAUCCCAGAGUCUUGUGUAAUACUGGAUGGGGACAGACCCCAGUAAAGCAGAAUAUGGGCUGGGGAGUUGAAGAAGCCCCAAGGGUUGAGCGAAAAAAUGAUAUUGGAACCGAGGCCUGGGGUUCAGCUGCUGCCCAGUUUUCAAACUCAGGGGGAAAAAGUGAUGGGUCCACCAUGAACAGUACUAAUACCUCUUCAGUAUCUGGGUGGGGAAAUCCUCCACCUCCAGUCAUGUCUAAUAACACAGGUUGGGGAGAUAAAACAUCUAAUGGCCAAGGGGGAUGGGGGGAUUCUGCUAAUUCUACUGCUGUUACUGCUGCUGCCAAAAGUGGCCAUGCCUGGGCUGGGGUCUCCAAUCAGGAGGAGAAGCCAUCAAGCUGGGCAGACUCUCAGAAAUCUAAACCUCAUAAUUGGGGAGAAGGGCAGAAAAAUACCCAAGGCUGGACAUCAGGAGGAGGCGAUUGGACUGAUUCUGCUGUAGGACCAGGACCUUUAGGUGAAGGGAAAAAACCCAAUUCCAGUUGGGACAAUGAUAACAGAACUGGAUCCAAUUGGAAUGAAACAACCAGGUCACAGACCAGUGGUUGGGGGAAUGGUACCAAUGGCAAGCCUGGCCCAAAUGCAGGCUGGGGAGAGCCAUCAAAAUCGAAUGCACCACAAAACUGGGGUAAUAAACCUCAUGAUAAUAAUGCUAGCUCCUGGGGAGGAGCUACAACUGUUAAACAGUCUGGUUCAGGUUGGGCUGGAGGACCUUUGUCUGCAAAGCAGAAAGACAGUGAAUCCACCGGCUGGGAAGAGCCAUCCCCACCAUCUAUUCGCCGCAAAAUGGAAAUUGAUGAUGGUACCUCAGCUUGGGGAGAUCCAAGCAAUUAUGUGAAGAAGACUGUAAACCUGUGGGAUAGAAACAAUCCUGUGAUUCAUAGCAGUAACAAUAAUGUGGCUGAACAACCACCACCUCAGCCUCAUCAAUCAAGUGCCGUGCAAAACAGAUCUCCUCUACUUGGUUCAGGUUGGGGAGAAACGCUUAGCGUUCCUGCUAAAGCUGAGACUUCUUGGGGAGAACCACCCUCUCCAGCUACCACGGUUGACAAUGGGACUUCAGCAUGGGGCAAACCUCCCAACAACAAUUCAACUUGGGGAGAUCAUUCUGCGGAGUCGACAGGGAACUUUGGAAGAGGGAAUGUACCAACUGCUGUCCCACCAAUGUGCAAACCAGCCUCCAAAUCUAUGCAAGAAGGUUGGGUCAGCAGUGGAGAUGAAAUGGGCCUGAGCAGCAAUCAUCACCCAAGCUGGGAGGAAGACGAGGGGGAGAUGGGGAUGUGGAAUAACACAGCUCCUCAGGAGAGUAAUUCUUCCUGUAAUUCCUCAGGCUGGGGCAGUGCUAACAAGAAAGUACAUCAAAAGGUUAUGAAAAUGUCCAAUAAGCAAGAAGAGACUUGGCUCAUGAACCGGCUGAUAAAACAACUGACUGAUAUGGGCUUCCCUAGAGAACCAGCAGAAGAGGCCCUGAAAAGUAACAGCCUGAAUCUUGAUCAGGCUAUGGGUGCUCUGUUGGAAAAAAAAGGGGAGAUGGACAAACGUGGAAUGGGAAUGUCUGAUUACAAUGGAAUGAUUUCUAAGCCGCUCGGCUGCCGACCACCUCCUGUCUCCAAAGAGUCUUCCAUGGACCGCCCCACCUUUUUUGACAAGGAUGGCGGCCUAGUGGAAGAGUCCCCUACUUCACCAUUUUUGCCUUCACCAAGCCUGAAGCUCCCCCUUUCAAACAGUGCACACUCUAAUCAGGCCCUUGGUGUCAUUGCCUCGGGGCUGGGCAUGCAAAACUUGAAUUCUUCUAGACAGAGUGGCAAUCUAGGUAUGUUUGGCAAUAGUGGAGCAGCACAAGCCAGGACCAUGCAGCAGCAGCCACCAGUGCAACCUCUUAACUCAUCCCAGCCUAGUCUUCGUGCUCAAGUGCCUCAGUUUCUAUCCCCUCAGGUUCAAGCACAGCUCUUGCAGUUUGCAGCAAAAAACAUGGGUCUCAACCCUGCACUAUUAGCCUCGCCAAUUAAUCCUCAGCAUAUGACUAUGUUAAAUCAACUCUAUCAGCUGCAGCUGGCCUACCAGCGUUUACUCUUCCAGCAGCAGAUGUUACAGGCCCAACGCAAUGUUUCCGGAACCAUCAGACAACAAGAGCAGCAAGUUGCACGUACAAUCAACAACAUGCAGCAGCAGAUCCAGCAGCACCAGCGCCAGCUGACCCAGGCCUUGCUUAUGAAGCAGCAGCCACCACAUCCACCAUUACAUCCAUCUGCAGGCAAACCAACCAUUGAUAACCUGAGUCACCACCCGCCCCCCAGCCUUUCCGACCUGCAGACCAAAGAACAACAAAUAUCACCCAAUUCUUUCUCUGGAUAUCCCCUGGCUGGAUUGAUCCCAAAUAUGAAUGUAAGUAACAUGGAGCUAAGCGGUGGUCUAUCAAUGAAGGAUUCAUCUCAGUCCAAAUCCCGUCUAAGACAGUGGACCCACCCAAACUCAUUAGAAACUUUAAGCAGCAAUUCUUCACUACUGGACCAGAACCAGAGCAAGCAUGGUGCUAUCCCUGGAGGUCUCAAUAUUGGUCCACCAAGCAAGCCCUCCCUUGAGGAUCCCUACAGUCCAUAUGACCUGAUAACCAGCAGUGAGUCACCAGCCAGUCCACCGGUAGCAGUCAGUGAUAGCUGGACACGUGCCAAAUCCCCUGCUGAUAAGAUCUCAAAUGGCUCCAACAUUAACUGGCCACCAGAGUUUCGUCCUGGGGAGCCAUGGAAAGGACUACAGAAUAUCGACCCUGAGACUGACCCUAAUGUUACACCUGGUAGUGUCCCCAGUGGACCUUCCAUUAAUACUACUAUCCGAGAUGUGGAUCGCUACCUGCUCAGGGACAGGAGUGGAGGGUCAUCCCCAACAUCAUCUCAGAACGCCACGCUGCCUUCAUCUAGUGCCUGGUCCUUCAGUGCCUCUGGCUACACUAGCUCUUUCAGCAGCUCUGCAUCUUCACCUAAUACUGCAGCUAAAUUGACAGAUAAAUCCACUUGGUCACCUGGGCCCAUCACCCAAUCUCAAGCAUCACUAUCGCACGAAUUGUGGAAAGUGCCGCUAGGAUCCAAAAACACUAGGCCUCCGCCAGGUCUAACCAACACCAAGCCAUCACCAUCCUGGGGUGUCAAUUCAUUAGGACUUGUCUCAAGCUGGCCAAGCUCUUAUUCCUCCAAUUCUGCUUGGAGCACUGACAGCUCAGGAAGGAACAAUAGCUGGCUGGUUCUCCGAAAUCUUACACCCCAGAUUGACGGUUCAACCCUGCGGACUUUGUGCAUGCAGCAUGGUCCAUUGAUUACAUUCCACCUGAACUUGACCCAAGGAAAUGCUGUGGUUCGCUACAGUUCCAAGGAAGAAGCAGCUAAGGCCCAGAAAUCGCUGCACAUGUGCGUUCUGGGAAACACUACCAUUCUCGCUGAAUUUGCCAGUGAUGAGGAAGUUAACCGUUUCUUUGCACAAGCUCAAUCACUGACACAGACCUCGAGCUGGCAGUCCAAUACAGGAAACAAUCAGAGCCGACUUGGGUCAACCAACAACUCCCAUGGAUUGGUUCGCAAUGAUCUGGGUCACUGGAAUACUACAGCCCUGAGUGGGAAAGGAAACAGCGACUUGCUGUGGAGCGGUGUCCCCCAGUACUCCAGCAGUUUGUGGGGACCUCCUAAUGGCGAUGACGGCAGAGUAAUGGGCAGCCCGACUCCUAUAAACACCUUACUCCCUGUUGACCUUCUCAGUGGAGAGUCAAUGUAAAGGAAAAAAAAACAAUGAAGUGAUCUUGUGGAGCUAACAAUCAGCACUAAAACAACCUGACUUUGAACAUCAUUUUGACCACAACCUUUUUUGGUUUGUAAGGGGAGGGGACAUGGGAAUUCUACUUUUGUGAGCCUGGGUUUAGUAUGCACAUUGCCCUUGCUUUCUUUGUUUUGUUUGAUCCCAAAAACAUAUCAACACAAAUACUUGAAUCAAGCAGGCCAAUAACGAAAUGUGAAAACCGUCUAAUUUACACUUCCGAGAUGUUGUCAUCACAAAUAGGCUCAAACAAAAGUUUAUUGUGUGUGUGUGUGUGUGUCCGUGUGUGUGUGUGUGUCUAUGUGUGUGUUGGUGCAGAAGUAUGCGCGAGUGUGUGUGAAAUCAGUGUGAUUUUUUUUGUUUCUUUAUACAGUAUAUGCUUUUAUUUGCUUGUCGGUCAAAUUAUUAGCUUCUAACUUUGCACUGAGUAUCUGCGGCCCCUCCAGCUAAUCUUACAAAGGGGGCCAGCAGCAAUUCAUGUGUAAAUGUUUACUCAAGGACGCUCUUAAACAGUGUGAGCUCUGGAGAUAAUGUGUAUACCUACCUUUAGUGGCUUUUUUGUGGACUAAUGCAAGAGAAUUAUUACAGGAGUAUUGCACCAAUUUUCUUUCAGAGUAUAAAAUUAAAAAAAGAUUUAAAAAAAAAUUUAAAAAAAUUAAAUAUGCUCUAGUUGAACUGUGGCCAUAGCUACACAACAGAGUGGAACCCUCCCUGCAAGCAGGAAUGGGAAGCACUUGGACUGGAUAUUUUUGUGACUGAUUCGGAGGUGCCUGUGUUUCGGUAUCCUCCUGUUUACAAACUUUACAGAACUUCGAAAAAAGGAAAAAAAGAAGAAAAAAAAAGGACAGUUACUCUUCCAUCAAAACCUAUUUUCAGAAUGAAGAUAUGCUACUUCAGAGCUCUGGGAAUGAACAGUGUUGUAUUUUUUUUGGCCAUUGUUGUGUAUUUUUUUUUCCUUUGUAAAUUUUGCUCACUUUCUUGCACACAGUGGAUGAUGUCUCAGGAAGGCCUGAAUUUUCCGAGGAGCUACUCCACGCCAUUUCAUGUAUUUUAACCCAACUUCUAGCACUGAAGAAAAGAAGAAAAUACCUGUUUAUUCUGUAGCAGUUACUUAUUUACCAAAUAAUGGACACAACAAUGUUUGAAGAGUGCUUUAUGAAAUGCUUUAUGUUUUAAAACAAAUCAAUGCUUUUGAUUGUGUUAAGAGACAAUUGACAAACAUACCACAGGGUAUGUUACUGUAUAAACUCUCCUUGUCCCAGCCUGCUUGGAUCAGGUAACUUGUGCAUUAUCUUUGAAUAGGUUUUUAUUGGUUUUAUCAAGCUGGUUUGUUGCAAGGAAAAAAGCUGGUGUAAAAGAGGAUCAUGAACUAUGCACAAAUGGGUUCAAGACUUUGUUUUUCUCCUGAGUUUUAGUAGAGUGUAUUUACUUGUUUCUUCUCAGAGGGUAUUUACAUCUCAUUGCCAUUAUGUAUAUUCCAAGCCGAAAAUAGUCUUGAGUUGUAGAAAAAGCUUGAAUUUAAGAGAUCUGGGGAGGGGAGGGAGCGGAGGUCUUUAUUAGUUUAAAUUUUGCCUUUGAAUUACAAAUGUCUGUAAUCCAACAUUUUUUUUAAAAGAAUCGGUGGCUUUUAACGUUUUUUCCUCAUAGAAUGUGAUUGUAAAAGACAUGCACAGAAAAAUUGCUUUCUCGAACUACGGAGCUUCUUGAGAACUAUUAAUGAAUUGCAGUUUGUUUUUUUCCUGGCCUUUGAACAAGAUUGUUAAUGCAUUAUUUGUUUGAAAUGAAGGAUGUCUUCAGACUUCUGUCAUUUUUUUUGCUGAGCGUGCUCAAAAAAUACAAUGUAUUGUGAGCGAUCUGUUUUCCUGCUCUACUUGCUGUUGACCGUCAAGAUAGCAGAUCACCGUGGUGUAUUGCAUUCAUUGAACACGCUCACUUGACUGAGUUAGCCCCGUUUGACUUACAAAAGACAUUGCUAAGUCAAUGCGGCUCUGAAACAUUAACUGUUGAAAUCUUAAAAUUGCACCAGAAACAAACCUCUUAAAGCAAUUGUACAUCAAAGCUUAUAUACAUAUACACACUUUAAAAUUUAUUGUACUGUUUAUGUUGUAUAUCUUUCACAAUGCUUAUCCCAAAUUAAACUGACUAGUGAACCAUUCCAUGAGUUUAAUAACCUGGUCUGGUACCAGUGAGUAUGUGUAUUUGCAAUUUAUAAUCACCCAAUGGCAGGUUAGGUGCUGUCUCGGCAAACCCCCCCCCCCCUCCCCACCCCCAGCCCAGGAGCAGUGUAGAACUACAAAUGACACCAGCAUUCCUACUCGGUAUAAUGAGAGCGUAAAGGUACUGCUACUGUCAGCCCCGAGAUGCCAUUGCAAGUCUCUUGAAGAGGUUUGUCUGCACCUCUUGCAAAGGGCAGGCAGUUUGUUUCAGGUUUCAGUGCACAUUGUGAAAUUUGACUAACCUAACCUGCCAAAUGAAUCCUUUUGGAGGUUUGUUCAUCCUGUAACCUUGUGUUGAAGAAUUAGAUUUGCUGUACUGUAUAAAUGACAGGCUUUUGUAUAUAUAUAUUCUAAGUAGGGUUCAAAUUCAGUUAAUUGAAUUGUUAUGUCAAAGCACUGUUUGUAGUCUGAAACAUAAACAAAGUUGCUCACUUUUAAAUGCAGUUUCAGAGCCCAGUGUAAGUGUUAAAUGUGGGGAUGAGAUAUCAGAUGUUAAUGCCACCUACAGCACUAAGUGAAAUUUGUUUGGGGGGGAAAAGAAAUUAAAACUUGUCAAAAGUUUUACUUUUAAGAUAUCAAAGCACAAAUAGCCACAUUAAAUGCAAAACGAAAGGACAAUUUUGUUUGGAAAAGGCACAGGCAUUUUUUUUUCAGGUGAAACAUUGAUGCAUUUGAACUUUUAACGUUGAUUUGGAUUCAACCGAUUGUAAGUAAACCAGUUUGAUUCAAUUGUUUCCUUUAAUUGAGUCUUUUCCUGUCUCGUGUUUGUUUGUGCCAGAACUGGGGAAGGGAGACAGACAUGGUGCAAACCCAAGCAUUCUGAAGUGGCAAACAUUGUGCAUACUUUGUGUGCAUCAGAUAUUCAUCCAAAUCAAGUUCUCACCUUGUGACGUUUGAAAAAACAUUUUCUUUUUUGCUGUUACAGUAUGUAUUAUUGAGUCAUCAAUGAAUAAAAGAUUAUGCCUCCA